AUGUCGCAUCUGGGUCAAUUGCUAAGACGGUCCAGGCUGGCACAGGUGGCGAAGAGUCGGGAGCCUUUGGUGGGCGGGAAGCCACGGUAUUUCCCCUCGCACCAGGUCGUGGAGACUAAGCCGGCUACUUUCGAGAGACAGGAAUGGGGGCUUAAGGCAGCGAUUCCAAAAGGUGUGAAAUCGAGAUAUUUGGAGUUUAAUGAGCUAGAUACUUUGGAGAGAAUCGCAACUUUUGAAGCUGGGGGUGGUUCGCAGUGGAAUCGCAUUAGGUUCCAGGAGUUGGGGGUUGCUCCAUCGUAUAACCCUGGUAGAGCCAACCCAUUGUUUGAAGGUGAAUCAUCGAGUCAGGAUCGUUUGGCACCUUUAUCAUCUUUGCUGGCGGUCGAUGCUGGAAAGGCUAAUAGCGCAUCGCACAGAUUGGUUCAGAUGAAGGCCUUACGUGGUGAAUUUAGACAAUGGUUGCUUGAAAAGGAUCCAGAAGCUUUGAAGAACAAGUCAUUCACGGCUAGAGAUAUGAAGGAGAGUGCAGUGCAGUUUUUAAGUGAGCGUUCUGCGAAGCAAAGUGGUCGUUUGGCCUCCAGCAAGGUUAUCGGGACUGGGGGGCUCACGUACAAUUUGCGUGGUAAGUUGAAGAAUUCACCUAAUGGAGUGGUCCAAAAGAGUAUUGUUCCAGGUAGAUUCUUGAAUUUUGAUGGUAACGAUAGGCUGGCUGCAGUUGGUGGGUUUGUUGCCAAUGCAACUUCUUCAUCGCCCAUGACAUCCCAGGUCGCAUAUAACAUGGGUGAUUUUAUCAGAGAACUCACAUUCCCCUUUGAAGUGCAACAAGUUUCUGUUGAUGACGCCGGGAAGGUUAUGGUCAGGGCUCAAGUCGUCAGUGGUAUGAGCCAGCGUGCAAAGCGCUCCAUUCAGGGCAAAAGGUAUCAACAGAGACCUAUUCAAAGAUCAAAAAGCAACAACGCUGUCGGUGCCAUGGAUCCAAAGAUGAAAGCCGACGAGUUGCUGAAUAUCCUGCACGAUUUCCACUAG